GCGCGAAAUGAGGGGUUCGCGAGCGUGGUAGUCUACGUUACCUCAGAGGUUCGGCACACUGAUAUCAACGGAGGGAGUAAGAAGAAAGCGCUUUGCCAAACGUCCUAACAGUGAGAUCCGUUGGUCACAUUGUAGAUCAUCUAAACAGGCUGUGUGUCUUAUCAAGAGAUUUCCCACUCAAAUAUCCCAGGUCCAAUCCUGCUGUGACGGUAAGGUUUGGUGGGAGCAUACAUCCAGCCAUGAGUUCAUCCGAUGAGGAGAAGUUCGAUGGCCUCAGGGUGCACUUCACCCAGACGGAGUGGGCCCGGCUGGCCAAAUGGGAGAAGGUGCGCUACAGCAACAUGAAGAGGAACCACCUGUUCAUGCUGGCCAUAGGGCUGUCCUCUCCUGCUCCUGCUUUCAUGAGGCAGGGCCGGGCCAGGAAAAAGGCGUUGGUCAGACCGCCCCCUGCUGACAGCAGCGACUCAGAGGAAGAGUGGACACCCAGUCUGGAGAGGAGGCCUCCAGCCCCUCGUGGCUUCAGAGCUCCAACCAGAGGCCCUGCGGACUCCAGAGUCGCCCCCGUGAAGCCCACCCAGCCCCCAGCUCCUGCUCUUCCAUCUCAGGUCCCUACAAAAGACUCAGACCAGAGUAGAGAGAAAGACAGAGUGGAGACUGUGGAUGGACAGGCAGGGAGAGAGACAGACCCAGCAGCAAAGACACGUGGUGUGUCAAAGAGGGAGUGGUUGAAACAGCAGAAACAGCAGUUGAACAGCUACAAGCGAGGAGGCAGUCUGCGCAACAGACCCAGAGUGAGCUACACGGAGGAAGAUGUGCCCAAAGAUGAAGAUUACCUUUACUGUGAGGACUGCGAGUCUUUCUACAUUGAAGAGUGUGGGGUCCACGGUCCCCCUCACUUCAUCCCCGACACCCAAGCUCCUGUUGGGGUCCCCGACCGAGCCAGGCUCACCCUGCCACCAGAGCUGGAGGUCAGGACAUCCAACAUCCCAAACGCAGGUCUGGGGGUGUUCAACCAGGGCCAGACGGUGCCCAAAGGUGCCCACUUUGGCCCCUAUGAGGGGGACGUGGCCGACAGGGACGAGGCCAUAGAGAGUGGAUACUCCUGGGUGAUAUACAAGAGCCACCAUUCAGAUGAGUACAUAGAUGCCAAGAGGGAGACACACUCCAACUGGAUGAGGUAUGUGAACUGCGCUCGUGACAGUGAGGAGCAGAACCUGGUGGCGUUCCAGUACAAAGGAGGCAUUAUAUACCGCUGCUGCAAGCCCAUCGGCCCUGGAGAGGAGCUGCUUGUCUGGUACGGAGAGGACUACGCCAGAGACCUGGGCAUCGGCUUCGACUACCUGUGGGACAUCAAGAGCAGCGCCACAGACGUGACAGCGUCUCAGGUGUUCCCGUGCUCCCUGUGUCCGUUUGCCUACACGGCUCAGAUCUACCUCCAAAAGCACAUCAAGAGGAGCCACACGGACGAGUACACGCGACUGCUGAGGUCUGGAGAGAUCGGACCAGAGACUCUGGCACCUUCUAGAAGUAGCCGCAACCAACACACACAGAAAAACUCAACUGUGCCAUGUAGGUCAACAUCCGGUAAAGUCAUUCACCGCUCUUCAGAACAGGAAGGAGGGAAUGGCCAGAGAGGUCAUGCAUGUGCUGAGUGUGGCAAGAGCUUCACUCGAGAGGGAAAUCUCAAACUACACCAGCGCACUCACACAGGAGAGAGGCCGUACCACUGCACUCAGUGUGGCAAGAGCUUUACUCGAGAGGAUACUCUCAAACUACACCAGCGCACUCACACAGGAGAGAGGCCGUACCACUGCACUCAGUGUGGCAAGAGCUUUACUCGAGAGGAUACUCUCAAACUACACCAGCGCACUCACACAGGAGAGAGGCCGUACCACUGCACUCAGUGUGGCAAGAGCUUCACUCAAGAGGGAAAUCUCAAACUACACCAGCGCACUCACACAGGAGAGAGGCCGUACCACUGCACUCAGUGUGGCAAGAGCUUCACUCAAGGGAGGGAUCUCAAACUACACCAGCGCACUCACACAGGAGAGAGGCCGUACCACUGCACUCAGUGUGGCAAGAGCUUCACUCGAUCAGAUAAUUUAAAGACACACCAGUACACUCACAUGAAAGAACCCUAACUAUGGUUUUGGUGAAACAACAAUUUAAUCUAAUUUCCAGAAACAAACAAGUGCAAUAGUAAAGAUGUAUUGCUGUUUAAUUACUUGCAUAACUAAUGCUGUUUUUAAAUAAUUUUUAAUUCAGUACUGUGUAACCUUUAUAACAUUUGACAUACCUAAUGUGAAAACCUAAAUUUACUUUUUAACUUUUUUACUCUGCAUUAUUAUGCUGAGACUUGAAAUGACUUGUACAUUUUAACAUUUGAACUAGUACAUUGUACAUUUUAAACAUUUGAACUAGUUUGAGUAGUGGCUAUUUUGUGUUUUUAAAUGCUAUAAAAUGAAAUGUUUUGUGUAAGGUAUUGUGCGCAAGGUGCAUGUGCUUUGAAAUUGUUUUAGGAUAUAUUUAUUUUUUAAAUCAUAUAUAAAUGAUGUUGAUGAAAUACAUUUCUGGGUACAGUCUGUUUGGUAAAAUCUAAAUCAUUACCGUGCACAGUGCAGUAGGGAGCAUGCAGCUGGAGCAGUGAGUCAUUGAGUCACAGGACACUCGCAAGAUGCAGAAGCCUGCUGGGGAACAAGAUGAACUGCUGGACACAUCACAAGGUUACCAAGUGUUCGAGACCUUUACAUGGAUCCCUCCGAUGUGCACUUUCAACCUCUAAUGAUGCUGUUGGAAAGAAAGGACAUGAAAAUUAGCACUUUGGUCAGCUGUCACCCAUGGCCCAUGUCUAAUCCCACUUGUGACCACACAACAGAGGCCUGCUUUGGUAAAGAAAACGACCAACACAUGGAGUGGAGGCCAGACGUGUAUUCUAGAGACCUAUCAGCUCAGGAGCUGCAUUGAAAGACCCAUCAUCCAAAGGCAGAAGGACUCCCGGAUUCUCUCGGAUUGAAACCAAGUGUCGCCUGAAUAAAUUGUGCAUCAUCGUCUGCAAUUCCAGCGAAUACUUAAUAAAACAUUUCAUGUUUUA